AUGGAGACUUUCAAUGAAAUUGCUUGUGUAUUUCAUAUCAUUACUAUUUCCUUCUUAGAACUAGAGUACCACAACCAUUUUUCUAAGAUUGCUGUUGUCUUGCUCUCCAAGAAUUAUGCUUCUUCGUCGUGGUGUCUUGACGAAUUGGUGAAGAUUAUGAAGUACAAAAAAAAGUUGGGUCAAACGGUGAUUACCAUUUUCUAUGAAGUAGAUCCAACUGAUGUAAAGAAGCAGAAGGGAGAUUUUGGGAAGGCCUUCAAAGAAACUUGUCAAGGUAAAACUGAGGAGAAGAUUCAGACAUGGACCAAAGCUUUAAAGGAUGUGGCCACAAUCGCAGGUUACCAUUCAAACAACUGGAAUGAUGAAGCAACCAUGACUGAAAAUAUUGCUACUGAUAUUUCGAAAAUGCUUAACCAUUUGACACCAUCACGUGAUUUUGACCAUUUAAUUGGGAUGGGAGCACAUAUGGAAAGGAUGAAUGGGUAUUUGCGUCUAGAUUUGCAUGAAGUGAGGAUGAUUGGGAUUUGGGGUCCGGCCGGGAUUGGGAAGACCACCAUAGCAAGGUUUCUGUUUAACCAACUCUCCGGCAGUUUCCAAAAUAGCGCAUUCAUGGUGAAUAUCAGAGUAAACUAUCCAAGACCAUGUCUUGAUGAGUACAGUGCAUAAUUGAAACUACAAGGAGAAAUGUUGUCUCAGAUGAUAGACCAGAACGAUGUCGUGAUUCCUCAUUUAGGAGUUGCACAACAACGGUUGAGACACAUGACAGUGUUUCUCGUUCUCGAUGAUGUUGAUCGGUUAGCACAACUAGAAGCCUUGGCAGAAAAUGUUGAGUGGUUUGGUCCUAGAAGUCGGAUUAUCAUCACAACAGAAGAUCUAA